UGUAGAUUUUGUUAGCAGAUUUUUUAAGGAUGUGAUCGGAACUGGCUUCACCGGCGGCGGAGGCGUAAAAGAUAUUACUACGAACCCUUCUGUUUAAUCCCCUCCCUGCUCUGUCUUCUUCUCUCGUUGUUUGUCUUGAUUGAUUGGAAGAUAUAUGGGGAAACAAAAGGGGUAAUGGAAGUUUAGUUUCGUUGAAUUUAAGUGACCCUUGAUGGAUUUUUUUAGUAGAAUCGCUGUCCGAUAGUUGGAUUCCAGCGAAAGAUAGGCGAUCGAUUUAAGGGUUGAUAUAUGUGCUUUGGCAGUUCUGUUAACUGUUCGACAUAAUGCCGCACUGAGCUUUGAGUUUCUGGAAAUUUAGUUUACAAGUUGUUCUUGUUUUUCAAUAGUAGAUGUUGUCGGGUCCGAAUCGGAGAUCCCCCACAGGCUUCAAGAUGUCUCUUGUAUGACUCGAUCAAAAAUUAUUAUUGUUACUUUUUCUUCUCUCUUUUUUUUUUCGGUUACAUUUUCUUGCAAAUUGUGUUGUAUUCAUGAGAGGGAUGGUCGGAGAUGCUAAGAAUAGAAAACACGGGUCUUUCUUGUUUCUCCAAAUCUCAAGGCUUUCAGAGGUUUGAGGGGAUGAAUGGGUUGUUAUUUGAACGACAAAAUUAGCAGGAGGAAUUGACAAGAAAAGAUGAAAUGUCGGAGAGAACUUUCAUCUCUUAACUCUUUUGGCCAUUGGUUUUUUUCUCUCUGUUUCUCUGCUAGGUUUCGAACAUGGAUCGGAGCAACAUUCAUUCCGAUAAUGUUGUAUACUGAAUGACAAAAUCAACCCUUUUUUUCAUUCCUCUCCACCUUGUUUCCCAUUUUUUUUCCAAGGAAAAAGGAAACUGAAAUUCACAGAGGCAAAGAACAAAAGAAUGCAGAGGACAAAUGUUUUUGCCGGUUUUAUUUUGUGUUGCUUCUGAUUGAAAUAUUUUAGAUUCAUUAUUUUCUUUUUCUUCAAACCCUGGUCAGUUCGCCCUGGUUAUGUGUAGUGUGAUCUUUAGGAUUGUUGUCUGAACAAAGAUAAUCUUGUUUUCCUUUCUUCAUGAGAGAAAGGUCUAGGAUUUAAAACAUAACUGUGGCUCUAGCGAAAUCUCUUGCAGCUUAACACAAUGAGCAAAGAACAAAGUUGUGUUCUAAAAGCAUGGGAGGUGACUGUGCGGAAGACCCAGCAAGCCAAGAAGCGGGCAAACAGCAUUUUUGGAACAAUAUCAGUGGCUCCUCAGACAGAUGAUGAUACUACCACUGAUGAAAAUGAUGAUGAGAGCAGCAAUAGCAGGAGCAGCACAGGAGAUCUAUACCAGGCGGAGAGAAUUCUUCCGAACGGGGACUAUUACACAGGGCAAUGGUAUGAUAGCUUUCCCCACGGGCAGGGGAAAUACCUAUGGACAGAUGGCUGCAUGUACAUUGGCGAGUGGUACAAUGGGAAAACAAUGGGGAGGGGAAAGUUCGGGUGGCCUUCCGGGGCCACAUACGAAGGUGAAUUCAAGAGCGGAUACAUGGACGGGAUUGGCACUUACACGGGUCCCAGUGGGGAUACGUAUAAAGGGCAAUGGGUAAUGAACCUGAAACAUGGACAUGGCAUCAAAAGUUAUGCUAACGGAGAUAUGCAUGACGGGGAAUGGAGGAGGGGUUUGCAAGAAGGGCAAGGAAAAUACCAAUGGCGGGAUGGAAGCUAUUACAUUGGAGAAUGGAAGAAUGGCAUGAUCUGCGGCAAAGGGACUUUUGUAUGGACUAAUGGAAGUAGGUAUGACGGGUUUUGGGAAGAUGGUUUCCCUAAAGGAAAUGGUACCUUCAAAUGGGAUGAUGGGAGUUUCUACAUAGGUCAUUGGUCCAAGGAUCCAGAAGAGAUGAACGGUACUUAUUACCCUUCGGGAAACGAGGGGAAUCCUGAAUGGGAUCCUAAGGAUGUGUACAAUAAUCUUAGCGAGUACAAUAUCUGCAGCGGAGAGAGGGUUCCUGUGAUGCCUUCACAGAAAAAGCUCUCUGUUUGGAAUUCUUCCAAGCGUGUAGAGAAGCCGAGAAGGAUGUCAGUUGAUGGAAGGGUGAGUGUGGGUGUAGAUAGGGCAUUCGAGAAGAUGAAUAUGUGGGGAGGGGACAGUGGUAAUGGCACCGGCGAUUCUGAUUGCACGAGGAGGGAUUUGGAUGCUGAUUUGCUGAGACUGGAGGCUGAUGGCAGCAUGCAGAACACAAGGCCAUCCCCUCUGCCCAUGAGACUGCCGAGGGCAGGGAGGAAGCAAGGUGAGACGAUAUCCAAAGGCCAUCGGAAUUAUGAGCUUAUGCUUAAUCUACAGCUAGGAAUAAGGCAUUCUGUCGGAAGACAAGCUCCGAUUGUAUCUCUUGAUCUGAAGCCUUCAGCUUUUGACCCAAAGGAGAAGAUAUGGACGAGGUUUCCACCAGAGGGAACCAGAUACACUCCUCCACAUCAAUCUAGUGAAUUCAAAUGGAAAGACUAUUGCCCAUUAGUUUUUAGGAGCUUGAGAAAGCUGUUCAAGGUAGACCCAGCUGAUUACAUGUUAUCUAUCUGUGGGGACGAUGCCCUAAGGGAACUAUCAUCCCCCGGUAAAAGUGGUAGCUUUUUCUAUUUAACCAAUGAUGAUCGUUACAUGAUAAAGACGAUGAAGAAGUCGGAAACAAAAGUUCUUCUAAGGAUGCUUGCAGCAUAUUACAAUCAUGUUCGAGCAUUUGAGAACACUUUGGUAAUCAGGUUCUACGGUCUACACUGUGUGAAGUUGACUGGACCGAUCCAAAAGAAGGUGAGGUUUGUCAUUAUGGGCAACCUGUUUCGUUCCGAGUAUUGCAUCCACAGGCGCUUUGACUUGAAAGGAUCUUCUCUUGGUCGGACAACUGACAAGCCCGAGUCAGAGAUUGAUUCAAACACAAUCCUGAAAGAUCUCGACCUGAAUUUUGUUUUCAGACUGCAGAAAGCAUGGUACCAGGAGUUCAUCAGGCAAGUGGAUAAAGACUGCGAGUUUCUAGAACAGGAAAGAAUCAUGGAUUACAGUCUUCUGGUUGGUAUUCACUUCCGAGAAGCAUCUGUCGCUGGGGAGCUGAUUCCUUCUGGAGCUCGAACGCCUAUUGGUGAAUCCGAGGAUGAUACAGGCCCUCGGCUUUCUAGAGCAGACGUGGAUCAGCUUCUUUCAGACCCCUCGAGGUGGGCGAGCAUCAGAUUGGGAGGUAACAUGCCAGCACGGGCAGAGAGAACGAUGAGAAGAAGCGACUGCGAGUUGCAGCUUAUCGGGGAGCCAACGGGAGAAUACUACGAGGUAGUGAUGAUCUUUGGCAUUAUAGACAUACUUCAAGACUACGACAUAAGCAAGAAGCUCGAACACGCCUACAAGAGUAUUCAGUAUGACCCGUUAUCGAUAUCGGCUGUGGAUCCGAGGCAGUAUUCGAGGCGUUUCCGGGACUUUAUCUUCAAGGUUUUCACCGAGGAUAACUGAGAGAGUUUCUUCAGACCCUUUUAGGUGUCUUGCGUUCCAAGAAAGAAGGCUUAGGUAUAUCUCUAUAUCUAUACAUAUCAAUCUACAUCUACAUAUAUGUGUGUGUUACACACUCUGGCAAGGGCGUAUAAUUCAUUUUCUGCUUCAUCUUUCUGAUUACGUAAUAAACUCUGUAACAAAACCUUUGGCAGCCAUAGAAGUGAAUCUUCAUUCCUCUUACUAUCUUUAUCUCCAAACACUUUGCUGGAAUCCCAUUGAAUCUAUUGCCAUGUAGAAUCUAAACCGUGGGAUCUAUAAUUGUAACUAUUCUGAAAGAUUUUUGUAAAUCUUGAUGACAUUCCAAUC